AUGUCGCUCUCUGUGGAUGUGACGCUGCUCAGCGGCCGGACGGUUACGGUCCAAGUCGCGAGUGACGGUACGGUCAACGAUUUGCGACGUAGUUCGCAGGAGGAGUUGGGCACCCCCAUCGCCAACCUCGUCACCAGCCCGGGCGAGUGCCUGCCAGGACCGGCCCUCUUGACGACGGUGGGGAUCGGCCAGGGCACUCAGGUCUUCGCCACGGCCCGGACCACCCUUGUGGCAUCUUGCUACAGCGGCUUUCUUCGUGCAGGUAGCACCUGGAAUUUGGCGUUCAGCAAUCUUGCCGAUGCGUUUGUUGCGUUCCGGCUCAAUGGCUCGGCAACUGCCUGGGGCGACGCCGGCUACGGUGGAGACUGUGAAGUGGUGAGGGAUCAGCUCUACGACGUGCAGGAGGUUGCAACUACAUAUGGAGCUUUCGCUGUUCUUCGGCGUGAUGGGACCGUGGUCACGUGGGGCUCCCCUGAGAUCGGCGGCGACUGCACUUCAUGCAAGGCCGAGCUGAAGAACAUCCGCGCACUCAGGGCGUCUCGAGGUGCUUUUGCUGCGAUUCGUGAGGAUGGUGCUGUGGUUACUUGGGGAGAUCCCUUUCGUGGUGCUGACAUCUCCAGGGUUCAGAACCGCUUGGCAGGAGUUCGUGAGGUGCGAGCAGCGGCGCGGUCCUUCGCUGCCCUGCGGGAGGAUGGGACCGUUGUGACGUGGGGUGAUGCGAAGCACGGCGGAAACAGCGCUGAUGUCCAACACCGAUUGGAGCAGGUGUUGGACAUUGCCGCCUCCGGCGGUGCCUUCGCUGCAAGACGGCAUGAUGGGACCGUGGUCACAUGGGGUGAGGCGAAAUUCAGUGGAGACAGCAGUGCUGUUCAAGAGCGACUCGUUCAAGUUCGCAAGAUCUGUGCGACACCACACGCCUUCACAGCAAUCAAAGAGGAUGGAACAGUGGUCACCUGGGGAGAGCCAGAAUAUGGUGGCGAUUGCACUUCAGUACAAGACCAACUGAAAGACGUUUGUGAGGUUUGUGCUACGGCUGGUGCCUUUGCUGGUCUCCGUGCAGAUGGGACUGUAGUGACCUGGGGCAAUUCAGAAUUUGGUGGGGACAGCGCAGCAGUACGGGAGCUUCUGGUGCAAGUCCAGACUCUCACUGCUUCAGCUCGGGCCAUCGCCGCUCGCCGCGCCGAUGGCCACGUGGUGACCUGGGGCUGCGCAGAGAGUGGCGGCGACAGUCGGGAGGUUCAGGACGAGCUGUUUCAGGUCGAGGACGUUUUUGCCAAUCAGAUGGCCUUCGCUGCGCUGAAAGCGGAUGGCUCGGUGGUCACCUGGGGCGCGCAGGGCGCAGGAGGAGAUAGCAGCAGCGUCCGUGCCGAGCUUUACUCAGUGCAGAUGCUGGGCCCAAUUGCUUUUUUGGAGAUCUGA